AUGGCUCCAUAUUAUGAAAGCCUCUGCAAAUCCCUUGACUGGCCAGUAGAUACAGAUUUGUUGAAUAAGAUGAAGAAAGCAAAUGAGGACGAGUUGAAACGCCUGGAGGAUGAAUUGGAAGAUGCAGAGAAGAACCUGGGGGAAAGUGAAAUCCGCGAUGCCAUGAUGGCCAAAGCUGAGUAUCUCUGCCGAAUUGGGGACAAGGAAGCUGCUCUAACUGCCUUUCGGAAGACCUAUGACAAAACUGUUGCUCUAGGACAUCGUCUGGAUAUUGUCUUCUACUUGCUGCGAAUCGGCUUGUUUUAUAUGGACAAUGACCUUAUUACACGGAACACUGAAAAGGCCAAAAGUUAUACAAGAGAAGAAGAAGGAGGCGACUGGGAUCGGCGGAAUCGGCUGAAGGUCUACCAAGGCCUUUACUGUGUGGCCAUUCGGGACUUCAAGCAGGCAGCCGAACUUUUCCUGGAUACCGUUUCGACAUUUACAUCUUAUGAACUUAUGGAUUACAAAACCUUUGUAACCUACACAGUUUAUGUCAGCAUGAUUGCAUUAGAAAGGCCGGACCUGAGAGAGAAGGUUAUCAAAGGAGCUGAGAUUCUGGAAGUGUUGCACAGUUUACCCAAAGUGCGGCAAUAUCUAUUUUCCCUCUAUGAAUGUCGGUAUUCGGUUUUCUUCCAGUCAUUGGCCAGCGUGGAACAAGAGAUGAAGAAAGAUUGGCUGUUUGCACCACAUUAUCGUUACUAUGUUCGGGAAAUGAGAAUCCACGCCUACAGUCAGCUUCUAGAAUCUUAUCGGUCACUCACCCUUGGUUACAUGGCAGAUGCUUUUGGAGUCUGCGUAGAGUUCAUAGAUCAGGAACUUUCAAGAUUUAUCGCUGCUGGGAGACUACACUGCAAGAUAGACAAAGUCAAUGAAAUCGUAGAAACCAACAGGCCUGACAGCAAAAACUGGCAGUACCAAGAAACCAUCAAAAAAGGAGAUUUGUUGUUAAACAGAGUGCAGAAGCUUUCUCGAGUAAUUAAUAUGUGAUUUUUUUUAAAAAAAGAAAGUAAAACAAAGGAAUGAACCAUUCAGUCAGAACUUUUCUGGAAGUAAUUAUUCCUGUUAUAUAAUUUGUACUGUAGGUAAGGAAAUGUAACCAUGAUGUAGUUAGGGCUUUUGCAGUCUUAUUUCAUUGUGUAAACAACUGAACUGUAUGAAUAGUCAUGUUUUCCGAUCGUCAUUUAUUAAAUGUACAGUACGGUUGACUGUUUUGUUCUCGAGUUAUGGAGUUUAAUUUAAAGCUUAAAAGUUUUUUGUUAACCAGAGGCUGAGCUGUUUUGGCCUUUGUGUUUUGAAUGAGAAUGCGAGUCUUGAUCUUUCACAACUUUUCUUACAAUGGAAAGAGGACCAGCAGGGCACUUUGGCAAAUUGGCAUGAUUAGUAGAUCGUUGUAUUAUACGCCAUUAAUUUUUCAGUUAGAGAUACUGAAAUUCAUAGACCUCAUCUAACGACAAUCAUUAAUUCAAGUCAACCUUAUUAUGCUAGGUGAUAAAAGAUAUUUUAUCUGUUCUCAAAUAUUUGCUUUAUUGAAUAAGCCCAAAAUCUAACAUGAGAAUUUUUUUUCCUUAGCCAAUUUCAUACCAUAUGUAAUGUUAGGUAUGUGCCUUUUUUAAUGAUCUGGAACCCCAUUUUUCAUUAUACCUUUUUGCAAUAAAGUGAAACCUUCAUUUGCUUC